UUUACGUUUAAUAGUGCCUGUAGACCGAUGCAUGUAUAGACCACAAGAUGGAGAUGUUUUGAAUGUGUUCAGAACGGUAUUUUAUACCUUAUUUGUGCAGUAUAAAAGGCAUAAUUCACUCAAAAAUGAAAAUUGGGGCACCAUUUAAGGGUGCGUUUCCCGAAAGCAUCGUUAGCUAACUAUGGUCGUAAGUCCCGCUGAACUCUAUUGGUAACGACGGAACUUGCGACCAUAGUUCGCUUUGGGAAACGCACCCCAGGUCCUUUUGUAUGCCAUGGAAGAAGGAAAGUCUUUGUUUGGAACAACGUGGGAGAGGAUCACAUACGACUUAAACCAUCAGCUGUGCCUACGGUUUUUCCACAUCCAACUGAGGCACCAUGUUUAAACUACGCCAGAGCGCAUACACACCUCACGCACCAGAUGCCGUGCGCAAGGCAGUUGGACAUGGUGUAUUAGAGAUUUUGUUACCAUUGACAAGCAUUAUACGACUGACAGACUGCAACGGUUGGAGUUAAAAAUCAUCAUUUGUGUUCUACUGAAGAAACAAAGUCACCUACAUCUUGGAUGCCCUGGGGAGCAACCAAUUGGACGUCAAUCAAUCUGGUUUCAAGAGUGGCCACUCGACUGAGACUGCACUACUGUCGGUUACUGAAUCCUUGCGAAUUGCAAAAGGCUAGUUCCAAAUCAUCAGUUCUCAUUCUGCUUGAUCUAUCUGCUGCCUUUGACACGGUGAAUCAUCAGAUCCUUCUGUCCACCCUCUCAUCACUUGGCAUCACAGAUGAUCCCACAGUAGCUGCACGAAUCUCAAGCUGUCUGGCGGACAUCUCGGCAUGGAUGAAGGAACAUCAUCUACAGCUCAACCUGGCAAAGACUGAGCUUCUCGUCUUCCCUGCCAAUCCGACUCUAAAUCAUGAUUUCAGCAUCCAGCUAGGCACAUCUUCUAUUACCCCAUCAAAUUUGGCCAGAAAUCUUGGAGUAAUCCUUGAUUACCAACUGACCUUCAAAGACCACAUUGCAAAGACCACUCGGUCAUGCAGAUUUGCACUAUACAACAUCAGGAAAAUCAGGCCCUUUCUAACAGAACAUGCAACACAACUUCUGGUCCAGGCCCUGGUCAUUUCUAGGCUUGAUUACUGCAAUGCUCUUCUGGCUGGACUGCCAUCAUGCACAGUCAGGCCUCUACAAAUGAUUCAGAACGCUGCAGCACGUCUCGUCUUCAACGAGCCCAAAAGAGCCCAUGUCACGCCUCUCUUCAUCUCUCUUCACUGGCUACCAAUUGCUGCUCGCAUCAAAUUCAAGGCGUUGACGCUUGCUUACAGAUCUGCCACAGGCUCUGCACCCUCCUACUUCCACUCGCUCUUACGAGUCUACACUCCUACCAGAAGCCUACGCUCAUUAAAGGAGCGAAGGCUUGUGGUACCAUCACAGAGAGGCACGAAAUCACUCUUCAGGACAUUCUCGUUCACUGUUCCUUGCUGGUGGAACGAUCUUCCUGCCUUUAUCCAGAAUGCAGAAUCCCUGGCAAUAUUCAAAAGACAGCUGAAAACUCAUCUCUUUCGUGAGCACUUAACCUCAUCUUAAUAAAAAAAAUAAAUUUAUACCUAUCCUUUCACUUCCUCUAACCCCUCUCUAUUGUAGCUUAUGAUACUCUGAGCAUUACCUAAGACUUGUAUUGUGAGCACUUUUUGUGUCUAUUUGCCUCGUCAUGACGACUCACUUGUUGUAUUCCUCACUUGUAAGUCGCUUUGGAUAAAAGCGUCUGCCAAAUGAGUAAAUGUAAAUGUAAAUUUAAUGAGUUUAUUCUCGCAUUAUAAUGACUUUUCUAUUUGAAAUAGAAAUCUUUUGUAACAUUAUAAAUAUCUUUACUGUC